UUUUUGCUGUGAAAUGUACAGGCUGUGUACUUCCCAUAGCUCCAACGGAACUGGUGAUGAGGGCACUAGAUCACGUGUACCAUUUGCCAUGUUUUGUGUGCGUUGGUUGUGGACGGCAGCUUCAAAAAGGUGAUCAAUUUGUUGUACGGAGUGGGAGACUGUACUGCAGGCCGGAUUUUGAAAAAGAAAUGGCCGUCAUGCAAAUUGUCACAAGGGGAGAGAAUGGGCAGCUAACGCCUACUGGACCUCACAAUGGCCAACCUAGGCAAGAUGGACGAAGGGGACCUAAAAGGCCGAGAACUAUCCUCACCACAGCCCAAAGAAGAGCCUUUAAGGCUUCCUUUGAAAUCAGCCAAAAGCCUUGCAGAAAGGUUCGAGAAUCUCUAGCAAAAGAAACAGGACUGAGUGUCCGAAUCGUACAAGUUUGGUUCCAAAAUCAAAGGGCAAAGCUAAAGAAGCUGCAGCGGAAGCAACAGCAGCAACUACAGCAACAAAGCCAAAAACAAAACACAGAUUCACAAAACGGGGGAUCCAAUCCAGAUUUGUCCAGUCCUGGAAAAGAUGGGAAAAAAUCUGACGAACUAAGUCACGGAGACCCUAGUGAAUAUUCCCCACCAUACGCUCACCUUUCGGUGGGAGACUCCGACCCCUCACAGUUCCCUUUAGGUGCACUACCCUACACAACAGAAGGUCAGUACUAUUCUUCAUCUCAUCCGGACACACAGUACAUGAAAAGUGAUAUAAGCAUGGACAGUGAAGGUAGCCUUGGUGGCCUUGAGGAUGUUUUAAUCAGCCAAGGCCAGACGGCCACCAUGGGCGACGGGGGACACAUAUUCCCUUCUUCCGUCAACCCCAUAGACAAACUAUAUUCUAUGCAAACGUCCUAUUUUAGUUCAAGUGAAUGUGAGUGUCUGGGUGCCACGAACUAGCAAUCUCACUUUGCAAAAGGAUUUGUACAUAGCGCGACAAAAAUAUGUACAGUAGCAAGCGGCCUAUGCUGAAAGAUACAGUAUUGCUUGAAGACUGGUGCAAGAAGUUCUUAUAGAAUGAAAGAGAAAAGUGUUGAUAUGGAUAAGGGGCAUAAAAACCCACUGAAAAAUAAUUCCUACAAGAAAUAUUUUAAAAAAAUAAUCAAUUUACAAAAACCAACAUAAGAGAGAUUUAGUUGAUGAAAAAAUGCAUUUAUAGUUUAAAUACAAAUGCUUUAAUUCACCAGAAAACUGAGCAAAAGUUUUCUCACAGAUACGGGAAGAAAUUGAAAAAUAUCUUUCCUAACCCUUUGAUGCAGAAUUCUUAUUAAACAAAUAUUUC